GUAACGAGCAUUAUAAAUCACUUAGAACCAGGUACCGCAUAUGAAGUUGGUGCUAUCCUUAUAACAAACGAUGGGAAUUUCAAUGACCAAGACAUAAUAUACGGUCAAUAUAAUACGACUUGUAAGCAACCGAAAACCACAGAUUAUAAUGUUAAAUUAGUCAGUGGAAUAAAAAGUCUCAACAUAACAUGGGAUACUAUACAAUCUAGUCGAUAUGAAUGUGAUGUUACUGAAUACGUUUUGACAUUAAAUUCUAAAGAUAUCGAAACUCAGGAAAUAUUUUCAUGUCCAGGUAGUGAUCUAUAUUUAAACGAUUUACUCCCGGGCAUUGAAUAUAAAAUACAAUUAACUGGAAAAACAAUGAAUGGAUUGUUAGAGUCGUCGCCCGUUUAUUCAGCAUUUCCUCUUAUGAAACAAAAUGAUGCAGAAAUAACAAAUAUUUCUACCGUAAUAACAAAUGAAAAAAUCAAAGUAUUCUGGAAUAUAUUAACUUCAAAUCAGCAAAUUGAUACAAUUAAUGGACCAUUAACAUUUACAGUGAAAUACAAAUUGACGAGAGUUCUUAGUUGUUCAUUGAAAGAAAUAGAGAACGAAUGGACUUCACUGACAAUUGUGAAUGGAACUAGUUUUGAAAUAUUCGAUACAGUUCCUAAUGCUCAGUACACUAUACGAAUUUUUGUCGGUAAUGAUGAUAGUGAAAUUCGUUCACAGAAUAUUGUUUAUGCAUUUACACCACUGUCAAGGCCAGAAACCAAACCUAUAUUAGACAUCGAUCAUCCUAUAUAUGUAUCGAACAACUCUGUGUAUGUUAAAUGUAAUGUUGAUCAAAAGGAAUGUUCAAAAUUAAACGGAUUUUUCUCAAAAUUCUACUUCGUUUUAAAGGACCAAGAUAAAAUGAUCUUACGAAAGAAUGAAACAAAAGAAAAUAAUAUUUACAUUGAUAAUCUAAAAUCAAACACAUUUUAUGAACUUAAUGUAUUUAUAAAAACAAACUAUGGCCUUAAUACUGAAUAUUUUCUGGCCAUCAACUUUAAGACUAAAAAUGAAAGUAAGAUAAUUUUUAAUCAGGAGAGUCAAAAACGGUUAAUUUUUCUCGGGGUUCGGGUAACUGUUUAAAACCGGGUUUUAUUU